AUGAUACACCGAAGAACACGAUCCCAUCGUGGACAAGUGCAUAAAAUAAGCAUGGCUUUAUGUAAGAACAAAUUUUGGUUGCUAAUUAUAUUUUUGUUUACAAUGUGGUCUCUUUUGAUUUGCUUAAAUUAUUCAUCUUUGAUUGAUAGUGUAGCAUCUGUAGCUAAAUUUUAUGUAUAUUCUGUAAAUUAUAAUCAAGAUAUUCCCAUUCUUACUAAUCGUGGGGAGAUUUCUGGUACUAGUAAUAUUCUUAAUGUUCAUGACAAAACAGAGGAAAAAUCAGAGGAAAAAACAGGGGAUAUAGAGGAAAAAACAGGGGAUAUUGAAUAUGAUGAGAUUGAUGAGAUUUUGAAUGUAGAUUUGAAUGAUCUUAUGGAAAAAAAUGAUCAUAAACAACCUGUUAAGGUUGAAGUGAAGAUUAAUCGGCGUCAACCCAUCAAAGAUUCGAGAAUUGUUAAGGAAACAAAAAAGGAGAUUAUUCAGAAGAUCGUAAAUUCUAGGAAGAAAAAGAGAAGAGGGAAAUCAAAAAGAAGAAAGCCUCCUAGGAAUGUAGCAAUUCCAAAAGUUGUUAGUACCAAUUUUAAUAAAGAUUCAUCAUUGAAUAAUAAUGGAGUGGAGGUUGUCGCCAAUGCGUCUCACCCUCCACCCCCACCACCACCUCCUCGAGUGUGCAAACCGACCCGAAAAUCUGACCCGGAAUCAUGUUUGGGACGUUACAUCUAUGUACAUACCCUUCCUAGGAGGUUCAAUGUGGACUUACUAAGAGAUUGCAAAAAUCUAGACUUAUGGAUGGAUAUGUGCCAGUAUGUGAAGAAUUCGGGUCUAGGACCCGAGCUUUUGAAUGUGGAUGGGGUUUUCUCCAAAUAUGGGUGGUUUGCAACAAACCAAUUCUUAUUAGAAGUGAUCUUUCACAACAGGAUGAAACAGUAUGAUUGCUUGACUGAUGAUUCUUCUAAGGCAGAUGCUAUCUUUGUACCAUUCUAUGCGGGUCUUGAUGUGGCCCGACAUUUAUGGAAUACGGAUUCUGGAGUAAGAGAUUCGGGUGGGUUUGAGCUAGUAAAGCUACUAAAGAAGAAACCCGAGUGGAAGAAAUGGUGGGGAAGAGAUCAUUUCUUUAUAGCAGGAAGAAUUACAUGGGAUUUUAGAAGAUCCGCAAAUAAAAACGACCCAGAUUGGGGAACCAAAUUCUUUUACUUACCCGAAACCAAAAACAUGACGGGUCUAGUAAUCGAAUCAUCUCCUUGGAAUAGCAAUGAUUUUGGGAUACCAUAUCCAACAUAUUUUCACCCAGCAAAUGAUGCAGAAAUCUUCCAAUGGCAAAACAGGAUGAAAAACCAUGACAGGAAGACUCUGUUUUCCUUUGCCGGAGCUCCAAGACCCGACAGACCCGACUCAAUCCGUAAUCAGUUGAUCAAACAAUGUGAAAACUCAAUCAAAUGUAUGUUGAUUCAUUGCAAUAACUGGAAGAACAAGUGCCAUAAACCAGCAGAAUUGAUGAAAAUGUUCCAAAAUUCUAUCUUCUGUUUGCAACCACCAGGAGACUCGUACACAAGAAGAUCCACAUUCGACUCCAUACUUGCGGGUUGUAUACCCGUUUUCUUUCAUCCAGGUUCAGCUUACAUUCAAUACUUAUGGCAUUUCCCUAAGGAGUUUACCAAAUACUCAGUUUUCAUCCCAAUGUAUGAAGUAAGGGAUGGGAAAAAGAACAUACAAAGUGUUUUAGAAAAUAUUCCUAAACAAAAAAUAGAGAAAAUGAGGGAAGAAAUUAUAAAGUUGAUACCUAAGAUAAUAUAUGGUGAUCCAAGGUGUAAAUUAGAGAGUUAUGAAGAUGCAUUCGACGUCGCAGUGAAGGGGGUUGUGGAGAGGGUGAAGAUGAUUAAAGAAGACAUGAAAGAAGGGAAAGAUGAUAGUUUUGGUUAUGAUGAAAAGCAAGCAUGGAAGUAUAGAUGGGUUGGGAACUUGCAGGAACAACAUGAAUGGGAUCCUUACUUCUCUGGAUCUUUUGAUACUAGAAACUUUACUAAUUUUUAGGUUAGUAUGUCUCUGUUUUGGAAGGUAAG